AUGAUAGAUUUCAUUCCAAUCAACAUUGUCCAUUCGUUCUGCUCCCUGUAUUUUUACGCAACCAUUACGCUGCGGGAGCAUAUCUUGCAAGUAAACGGGUCUAGGAUUCGAAUUUGGUGGAUCUUUCAUCAUUAUCUCAGCAUAAUACUUACCGGAACCUUACUGAUCUGGCCGUGGGGCCAAUCUUUUGUUCUUUACAGGCCAUGCUUCCUGUUGAGCUGCAUUUACAUGGCCGCCAUUCAAUACCUCCAGUAUAGAUAUCAAAUGACCAGAUUGUAUGCGCUUAGAGCGCUCUCCAAAAUCGGACCCAUGGAGGUGACAACGGAUUCUGCCCAAGUGCAUGUUCGGAACAACUUGGCUUUUUUGCUCCCCUUUCUUUUAAUAGGACACAUGAUUCAAUUGUACAAUGUUUAUUAUCUCUACCAAUUGUGGCUCAUGCCCAAUUCCACAGAAUGGCAGAUCGUUGUGGUGGCGCUUGUAUUCUUACUGCUCGCCCUUGGUUCAGGGCACGGCGUUAAAAGAUCUGCCGUUUCUCUUGAGGAAAAUGGUGCUGCCUGUCCCUCUUUCCUCGACAUCGAGAUUCCUUUUGAUUGGGAGGGAGAUGACGGACUCGAACCAAGCCUAGAUGGUGCUUUUGAAUGUUACGUCGAUCCCUCUUCUAAUCGACGUGGCGAUUUGAGCGAGGCCUUUAUCCCCCUGCCCGGAUUUUCCAAAUAUUCUUCUCGUCAUUACUCUCAGGACGAUAGCAACAACAUCAUUCCCGAUUUUAAUUAUCAAUGGAGAUCGAUUCUUUGGCUCCUGAUAUGUUCGGCUUUUCUUUUAGGCCCUGCCUUGGUGUUAAAUGUAGUUGACAAUGAAUGGAUUCAAGGCGCGUCUAUUUUGCAACUUUAUAAACGGUUUUCUUUCUUGGCUUUUUUUUUCCAAUUUUGUCUGAUAUUCUACUUUUUCCUUUGGUUGCUAAUCAAUUAUUUGAUCAACAUCGCAUACAAGGCCACACACGAGCAUUAUUUUGGCGCCUCCAAAGAAAAUCGUGACGAUGGUUUGAAAAAAAACAGCGCCACCAAUGGAAGAGCUAGUGCUUUCAAGUAUUCCAUGGUAUUCUCAAUUUUGAAGCCACAAACUUCCGAGAUUGUGAUGAUGUCUAAAAACUCGAUUUUCUUGUUCAUCUUCAUUGCAAGCAUAUCGGUUGUGUUCAAGUUUUACUGUUACAUUUACUACUCCUCACAAUACUGGGCCAAAUCCAUUGCUACCCUGAUGAUCAAUAAGGCUCUCAAUGAAGUUCUAAUGGUAAUCACCAUCAUCACCAUUCAGCGUAUAAUCUUUUCCAAGAUCGUUUCUGAUUUCUAUUUGACAGUCUAUUCUGAGCGUCUGAUGGAUUUAUGCUUUGCCAUUCAAGCCAUUAGAAGGCUUUUAACGCACGCUGUAGAUGCAAAUCAGCAUGGCCGAUUUUGCCACCGAAACUGCCACAGCUCUACCCCUAAGCCCCGAAAGAUAAGCUCGAAGAGCAAAUCUUUGGCAUUGAUUUCUUCAUAUUAUAGAAGGAAUAUGAGGGCAAAGGCCGUGGAGGGCCAAGACGAGCCCAUCGAACCGAUAAUAUCGUCUUAUUCCCAGUUUCGGCAGCUUUUGCUGAAAAGCGCUCAAUUUGAGGGCAUAAUUGACAGCAAGGGAGCAGCAAAAAAGACUGCACAGCUGAUUUACGAACAUUUUUACAUCCCCUCCAAAGAUAAGCUUAUGCCCAAUAAGCUUUCGAAAGGCAAAAGGAAAUACCCCAUCUAUUCCUCUUCUUCCGAACAUGCUUCUCCCCGACUUGUGUAUUUGCCUCUUGAUGCAGAAAUCAGCAGAGGAAAUUUCAGUAACAUUUUCAACCCGGCAGAUGAGGAAAAGCUAUUCAAUUUGCUUGAAUUGUCUGAAAACUCAACCAUUUCUCCUCUUGAGUUCAAAAUUGCUCUUCUCAAGCUGUCUCUUGAGAAAGAGGCGCUUUCAAAAAACCUUCUUGACCAUGGAAGUGCCGUUGAAAAGCUGGACCAUUUAUGCUCGUUUGUCAUCCUUACAAUCAUCAUCAUUCUGACUCCGCUUGUUAUUGGAUUGCCAGUGAAGGAGCUUUUUGCUACGCUUGGCGGCCUCUUUAGUCUUUCGUUUGUAUUUGGAAACUCCUCGGCCGUUCUGUUCAAUUCGAUUGUUUUUAUCUUCAUCACGCAUCCAUUUGACGUGGGCGAUCGGAUUUUUGUAUUUUCAGAUACGUACUUUGUUCACGAAGUUGGGAUCUAUUACACGGUGUUGCAAACAGUUGACGGCCUGCUGGUUUAUGCACCCAAUUCCCUGUUGAUUGAGCAGCACAUUGUAAAUGUUAAGCGAUCAAGGAACAUGAUCGAAUGGAUAGAUAUUGUAAUUGAUUAUGACACCCCGACGGAAAAAAUUGCCUCAUUGGCAUCCAAAGUCCGCUCCAUUAUUGAGAGCGAAGGCAAGGAUUUUGAACUCGACUACUACCAGCUUGAUCUCAUCCAAAAGGGGUCCGAAAAUUCCCACUCCUCGCUGAUCAAGUGCGUAGAGGUUAUUGGGUGCAGGAACUUUCGGUUGGGAAUUGCACUAUGCCACAAGUUUAAUUUCCAGGAUGGAUUUAAGCGCGUAUAUCGACACUCAAAGUUCAUGAAGGCCGUGCACGAAGCGCUGAAGGAGUUGUCGAUCGUGUAUUAUCCCCCUCGCCUUAGGCUUGGACACGACCCCGAUCUUUGGAUUAAAUAG